GACUUCUACAACAGACAAGACUGAUCCUGCAUUUACUAGUGAAAGUCACCCAGCUUCCUCCAAUCUAAACUAACCAAAAUGGCAACUGAAGGUCCAAUAACAAAGCUCAAUAUCUCCACCACUAAAGAUGAGGAGGAAAUACUUGGAGCUAACAAAUAUCACCGCCUCAAUGCUGACCUUAAUGCAGGCACUAACAAAGAUCGCGUCUUCCUCUGGUACAAGAAAGAGUGUGGGUUAAAGCCUGUGACCAGGAUCCAGUUUUCAUUUAUAAAAGGUAUGGAAAAAGGUCUGGAAACAGCUGGGUACGAGCAGGUCAAGAAGAAUCUGAAUGCAGGAACCACUGGAGAUGAAAUUAAUCUGUGGUACUUCUACGGCAGCACCGAAUCUGACAUUCCCAUUGUGGACCUGGAGGUAAGCAAAGAUGCCACAGAAGAGCCGGAUUUUCUGCGAGAUGGCUGGGAAAGGCUGGGAUGUAAUCUGAACCGCAAUGCUGGAGGAAAUGUCAUCCAUCUGUGGGUGAAAAGAGAAAAGCCGAGCUACAUCUGUGAGAUCACAGCAUCUACUGACUUCAAAUCCGACAAGCAGAAGUUUGAUCUUGGCUUCACUCGUGUGGACGAAGACACCAAUCGCGGUGCCGGUGGAAACAGCAUCUUCCUCUGGUAUCGACGCACAGUUAAUAAAAGCAAAGCUCUCACCGGUCUUAAUGUGUCCACCAAAUUUGAGGAGGAUGUGAGACUUGAGAAUGAUGACUUCCAAAAGCUCAGCGUUAAUCUCAAUACUGGAGCUGGUGGAAAUGAGAUCUACGUAUGGUUCAUGAACAAAGGAUGCGAAUCGCAGGUCAAGAACAUCGUUUUACUGGUCAACAGAGACGCCUGGGUUGUGUAUCAGAAAGCCGGGAUCAACUUCAUCGACAAAAAUCUGAAUGAGGGCAACAAAGGGAGAGAAAUGUACUUGGCAUACCAGUAGAUUAAAUGAGUUAGUGCAAAUAUAUGCCAACUAUUUAGGGUUGAAGUCAAAGUUAUUCAAAAACUCUUUCUUUUUUAUUUUUCCCAAAUGAUGUUUAACAGAGCAAGGGCUUUUUCACAGUAUUUUUUAUAAAAUUUUUCUUCAGGGGAAAGUCUUAUUUGUUUGAUUUCGGCUAGAAUAAAAGAGUUUUUAAAAAUUUGUUAUGAAUCAUUAUAUAGUCAAUUUUAUUAGCCUUAUAAGCAAUAUUUUUUUCCGAUUGUUAACAGAACAAACCAUAGUUAUACAAUAACUUGCCUAAUCACCUUAACUUGUUAAGUUAACCUAGUCAAGCCUUUAAAUGUGACUUUAAGUUGAAUACUAGCAUCUUGAAAAAUAUCUAGUAAAAUAUUAUGUGCUGUCAUCAUGGCAAAAAUUUAAAAAAAAUUACAAUUUAGCUAUUAUAAAUUAGUUAGAUAUGUGUUGAAAAAAAAUCUUCUCCCCAUUAAACAGAAUAUUCAGGGGGGCUAAUAAUUCUGACUUGAACUGUAUAUGCGCUGAAAAUGACUGAAAAUCAUUAAUGAAUCAUAAUGGAUGAUUUAAAAUGAUAUUGUGAUUGCUUGAGGUUGUUGUAAAACACGUAACUGCGCUUGUUGUCAUGCAUGAUGAUAU